AUGGCGGCUGGAGGAACGCUGGUCUUCGGAGGCCGUGGCUUUGUGGGUGCUGCGAUUUGCAAAGAGCUGGCUCGUAGAGGGCUGACUCCAGUGAUGAGUCUCAGCCGCUCGCAGCCAAAAAGCCCAUCGGGAGAAAAAGGUGCGAUCCAGGAAGUCGGUGGAGUGGAUGCUCUGAAGCCAGAUACCUUCGAGUCUCUGCUGUCGGAUGCGCGUGCAGUUGUGAUUGCCAUUGGCGAGCCUCCCUGGGUCACCGAUAAAGAGCGGGCAAUGAGGUCGAACGGAACCACCAACAUCACCAUCAUGCAGACAGCAGCAAAGUACAAGGUUCCCCGUGUUGUGCUCGUCAAUGCUACCAUGCCCACCUGGGGCGUGAUUGCUGGAUACCGCGAGGGCAAGCUAGCCGCAGAGCGCGAAGCGUUGAGCUAUCCAGAAAAAUGCGCUUCACCCUGCAGCGUUCUC